AUGAGGACAUUAUUCCUCGUAAAUUCUCCAGCCGACGGGCGUGACGCACGUCACGUUCGACCGCUUAAAGCACCAUCCAUCUACUUGCCGUCCACCGACCCUUUCCUCUCCGCCGUUCCCCCCUCAGACGAUUACGUCGACGCCCUUUUCGUGGAGACCGUAAAGCCAACCGAUGUAAAGCACAUGCUCCUACCCCCUUACGAUGACGACGACGGCCACCCUUUGGAGAUCGGCGAGCCAACGGACGUGAAGCACGUGGCGCACGUCACGUUCGACCGCUUUAAGGGCUUCCUGGGCCUCCCGGAAGACAUCGAGGGCGAGCUGCCGUGCCGCGCGCCCAGUGCGGGGCGGUCUGUGUUCGGCGUGCAGCCGGAGCUGCUGCAGUGCUCGCAGGACGAGUUCGGCAACAGCGUGCCCAACAUUCUGCUGCAGCUGCAGGCGCUGCUAUACGUCAAAAAGGGACUCCAGACGGAGGGCAUAUUCCGCGUGGCGGCGGAGAACGACCACGAGGACCAGAUUCGAGAUCAGGUCAAUAUGGGGCUCGUGCCGCAGAGCAUCAACGUGCACGCGCUCGCGGGGCUCAUCAAGGCGUGGUUCCGCGAGCUACCACAAGGGUUGCUGGACUCGCUACCGGUGGAGGUGGUGGCGGCGUGUGAGACGGAGGAGCAGAUGCUGGCGCUCGUGGCGGAGCUGCCCGAGACGCAGAGCAUGCUGCUGGACUGGGUGGUGGGGCUCAUGGCGGACGUGGUGCAGUUCGAGGAGCGCAACAAGAUGAACGCACGGAACAUCGCCAUGGUGUUCGCUCCCAACAUGACGCAGGUCCUCGAUCCUAUUAUGGGGCUCAGACACGCAGUGAAGGUGAUGGAUUUACUGCGAGUGCUCAUUGAGAGGAAGCAGCAGGAUCCUCUGAGGGAGGGCGGCAGUGCGGCGCUGAAAUCCUUUGUGUACUGCACGCAGCCGCCCACCAUUGAGAUCUUCGAGGAGCCGCGGCAGAGAAGUAAGGAGAGACAAGGGGGCGGCGGGGAAGGGGGGGAAGCCGGGGAGGGGGCGGCGGAGGCGGAGGAGGGUGACGGGGAAUGCGCGGAUAAGAAUGAGCUGCUGGCGCGGAUGGGGGGGGAGGGGGAGGAGGCGGAGUUAGAUGCGCGGGGAGGGGAGGAGGGGGACGUGGUGAUGGGGGAAGACGGGGAGGCAGGGGCGCAGGGAGGAGAAGAAAGAGGGUCUGCAGCAGGGCAGGUCAAUGGGAGCGAGGGGAGAGAAGGGGAAGGGGUAGGAGAGGCAGAGGACACGAGCACAGCAGCAGCUGGGGCAGGGGAAGCGGGCCUUGACCCGAGCAGCAUCAGCAGCGGCAGCCCCUUUGAUGCUUCCUGUAGUUCCCUACCAGGCUGGUCGCCACAGGGCAGUCAGCUAAGUCAAGCAAGUCAACUGAGCCACGUCUCACAGGACGACAGCAACAGCAUCUCCCUUCCGCACCUCCCUAGAAUCGCCAGCGACAGCCCCGUGCAUCCCAGCAGCGGAUUAGCCGGCACAGUAGACCCUAAAGAGCUCAGCCGAAGGGUAGCCAGCGGCCCUCUGCAGGUGUCAGCAGCAGCAGCAGAGCGGUGGAGGAAGAGGAGAGAACCCAAACCAGCAUCACACCACACAAGAAUGGCUUCUCACGAUGGCCCUGUGGGAAGAGACGUGCCCCCCUCGCCUGGGUUCUUCCGCAGUGGUAAAAACGCGCCUCAGUCCGAUCCCACAGCCAAGGAGCGCCGGGCUUCCCGGAUUGGAGUCCCCACGAAGAUGUUUUUCCGGAGGAAUCUGUCGGAAGGCGGGCCGGCGUUUGGGCGGGACUGGGAGGCCGAGCGGCGGAAGAUUGCAGCAGAGGACGCUGGAGCAGCAGCGGGGGGUGCUGGAGGGAGGGGGGGUCUGAAUGGGGGGGAUGUGGCGGAAGGGAGGGAGGGCGAGGGGGAGGAUGGGCUUGGGGCAGGGGAGAUGGAGUUACGGGGUGCAGAGGAGGGUGCGGGUUCAGCGCCAAGUGCAGAAGGCCAGCAGAGGGCUGGUUCGUCUGGUCCGCGAGGUGCUAAGAAGCUGCUGCACAAGUUUGGCACAGGGCUCAAGGUAGUAACACCCAGUGGGGGGUCCUCUGGUGGCGGUUCUAGUGGGGAAUCCUCGUCGCCUCGCGGGCAGCUUUUGCGAAGGUCUUUUAGCUCUAAGGGGUCGGGGUUAGGCCCUGCUGCUGAUAAGCUAUCAGCGGUGGCAGCUUCCGUGUCGACAGGAGGGGUGCCGCCGCCUGUCCCAGAUAGGCCUUCCCGGGUUCUACCUCCCACGCCGCGCAUGGGAAGCAUGCUAGAGAAGCCAGUGAGGAACGUGGAGAAGGCUACUAGAGGGGUGGGGAAGCUUGCGAGAAGCUUCUCGGGGAAUAUCGAUGGGCAUUGGGGUGCUAUCAAGCGGGAGAUGGGAUUGGCAGUGCGCGGCAAGGGGCGGAGUAGUUUGUCAGUUAAUGUGGCGGGCCCAGUUGCGUCAGCACCGGGUGGGGUGGAUUUGGCAGGGGCGGGCAGGUUAGGGGAGGUGAGAACCGAUGGUGGUGGGGCAGAGAGACUGUGGGAAGCCAGUGGGCAGGUUGGGGAGGGGCGGGAGAUUCUAGAUGGGGUUAUGGAGCAUGGUGCCGAGGUUACUGUAGAAUAUGUAGAUGCUAUAGAUGCUUUAGAUGCGGGCAUGGAUGUAGGGUUGACAGGAAGGGAUGGGGGAGGAGGAGGGGAUGCAGCAGUUGAUAUGGAGGGAGGGGAAAUGGCCGUUGACGUUGUAGUUUGCACGACCCCUGGCCGAAGGGAGGAGGGAGGUUCUGGGUCGGAUGAAGAUGUGAUAAUGGAGGGAGCAGAAGAGAGCUGCAAGAAGCAAGAGGAUGAUGAUAAAAGUGGGGAUGUGGGAAAAGGGUCGUGGGAAGGAGAGACCGGUUCGGAUUGGCAGGCGGGAAGCGAGACGAACAGCGAUUGGUCGAGGGAGAGCGAGUCGCAGCUGCAGGGCUAUAAAGACGGGAUUAGGGGGGCAGGGCCCCAGGUAAGCCGCGCGCAGCGGAGCGGAGUGGUUUGCGCGUUUGGCGCGCCCCCCGGCUCGAUCACUCCCCCGCGCGCCCUCUCCCGCCCCCCUCUCCCGUCGCGGGGCAACAGCGACGUCGGGAGCGCCUCUGGCCGGGCGCGCUCCGGGAGAUACCACUCCGCGCGCAAACCGCCCGUGCCACGUGUCAGCAGCACAGGGUCGUUGAAAUCAGUGCAACCUCCGAAUUCUUCGAGGACCGUCCAGAAUAGCAACUGGCCGCGACGCGAGGAGGGAGAGGAGGAAGUGGAAGAGGAGGAGGACGAGGAGGAAGAAGAGGAGGAGGGGAAUGGGUUGGAGAUAGACGAAGAAGGAUUAGCAUUAGCUCUAAGAGUAGACCCCGACGACGAAAGUGCUCUUAACGAGGAUGCUUACAGUGAAGCAGACAACGACGACGACAUGACAUCCCCGAUCGCGCCUCUUGAGGAAAUCGAUAACGAUUUCGAAGAAGACGACGACGAUGACGAAGACGCGUAUAUCGGGGAUGGCAGGGACGGGGAGAGCGCGACAAUCGCUCGGCAAAUCUCGGACGUCCGUGAGAGGCUUGCGGCGCGGAGAUCGUGCCACCUGGCGCGCGGAGGGCGGGAGAUGGAUGCGGACGCGAUAUCGGACGAGGACGAGGACGAGGAGUCGUGGGAGCGCGUGAAGCAGCGCUGGGCCGCGCAGCAGCAGCGCCUGCAGCGGCGGGAAGAGCAGCAGGUGCAGCAGGCGGUUCAGGCAGCGAGGGAGAGGGAGAGGGAGAGGGAGAGGGAGAGGGAGAGGGAGAGGGAGAGGGAGAGGGAGAGGGAGAGGGAGAAGGAGCGCGAGAGGGAGAGGGCGACGAGAGGGGGGGAAGAGGGCAAGAAGCGUGCGUUCGGGAAGUGGGUGGGCGGGGUUUGGGCGGGGGACGGGGGAGAAGGAACGGAAGCAUCUGCAGAAUGUGCCCUGGCUCAUGCCGAUGCUGCUGAUGGUGGUACUGGCGCUGGUGGUGGCGGUGGGAGGGGAGGAGGAGGGGGAGGAGAGCCUCUGAUUGGCUCGCCCCGGUUCUUCUCGUCUUCCUCGCGCCCGUCGUCUCUCCGGCCUUCUGCUUCCCACGACAGCUACACGUCGUCUCCCUCCUCCCGUCUCUCCUCAUCGCCAUUGCAGAGCAUUGUGCCACGUUCUUCCUCUCUGGAGGUCCCAAGGUCGGCUGGAGUGCCUCGGAGUGUGUCACAAGAGAGUGGUUUUGGCACCAGCGGCAGUAGCAGGGAAAGCGGUGGCGCCUCACGCCGCCGCAGCCUGCUUGCCCCAUCCUCUUCCAGGGAGGAUGGGGGCGGCUACAGAGAAGGCAGCAGCUUUAGAGGUGGUGGUGGAGGGGAUGUGAGUGGAGGUGUGCAGGGGGGGAAGCAGCAGUUGUCUGGGCUGCAGGCCCGAGGUGUAUCAAGCAGUGUGGGUGGAUGUGCAGUGGAGUGUAGAGCGGUUGGGAUGGAGGGUCGAAGGGAGGAUGCUGGCUCGACUUUGACACCCAAGGGCCGGUGGGGAGCUUGGGCUGAAGACGAGAAGUCUGGAGAUAUGGAUUGGUUUUGGUAG